AUGGCCGCCGCGGGCGCGUCUUCCAUCUCCGUCACCGUACGAGUCCGCCCUUUUACUAUCCGGGAAGCAGCACAGGUCACGAGGAACGAUGACCAGACGCUGUUCCUCGGAGAUGGCUCGCUGGCGGGACUGCCAGCGCCAAAGCUCCACAAGGGCAUCCGACCUGUCAUCAAGGUCAUGGACGAGAAGUGCUUAAUCUUCGAUCCCCCAGAAGACAACGCAGUUCAGCGGUUCGGACGAUCGACUGUAGGUCCGCAGGGCAAGCGGUCAAAGGACCAGACAUUCGCUUUCGACCGCGUCUUCGACGACACGGUCUCCCAAGGCGACGUAUACGAAGCUACCACGAAGCCUCUGCUGGACAGCGUACUGGAUGGAUACAAUGCGACUGUCUUCGCGUAUGGUGCUACAGGUUGCGGAAAGACGCAUACCAUCACUGGAACAUCACAGCAGCCCGGCAUCAUCUUCCUGACCAUGCAAGAGCUGUUUGAGAAGAUUCAGGAUAUACAGGAUGAAAAGGUCACCGAGAUCACGCUCUCUUACCUGGAGAUUUACAACGAGACGAUUCGCGACUUACUGGUGGAGGGUGGCAGCAAGCAACCCUUGAUGCUGCGUGAGGAUGCCAACCAGGCUGUGUCCGUCGCUGGUCUCUCGAGCCAUCGGCCGCAGAGCGUCCAAGAAGUCAUGGAUAUCAUUGUCCGCGGCAACGAAUACCGAACCAUGUCUCCAACCGAAGCGAACGCUACCUCUUCCCGAUCGCACGCCGUACUUCAGAUCAACGUCUCCUCCAAGGACCGCAACGCUUCGGUCAACGAACCCCACACCAUGGCUACCCUCAGCAUCAUCGACUUGGCAGGUAGUGAGCGAGCGAGCGCUACCAAGAACCGAGGAGAGCGUCUCACCGAAGGUGCCAACAUCAACAAAUCGCUACUUGCUCUGGGCAGCUGCAUUAACGCCCUAUGUGAUCCCCGGAAACGAAACCACAUUCCAUACCGCAACUCGAAACUUACGCGAUUGCUCAAAUUCUCUCUCGGCGGAAAUUGUAAAACUGUCAUGAUAGUCUGUGUUAGUCCGUCAAGCGCUCACUUCGAUGAGACGCAGAACACCCUUCGAUAUGCCAACCGCGCAAAGAACAUCCAGACCAAGGUCACCAAGAACGUAUACAAUGUCAACCGACACGUAAAGGACUACCUUGUCAAGAUCGAUGAGCAGAGACAUUUGAUUGAAGAGUUGAUGAAGAAGCAAAAGGAUUUUGAAGGAAGUGCCAUGGUCAAAUUUCAGAAGCAAAGCGAGAAGAAGGAUGGCAUAGUACGUGACGCGGUCGUACGCUUACGCCAGGCUUAUGCGGAUUCUGAGCCUGAACGCCGUGAGCGACUGAACAUGUCGCGGACUCUGAAGACGGCAGAGAAGCGCAUCUCGCUCAUUUCGUCGUGGAUCGCAGCGUUUGAUAACGUCAAGGAUGUUCGAGAAAACGAGGAGAUGCCUUCUCAAGUUACGGCAAUGAGGGACACCGCAGUCGGAAUAUCGGCAGAGCUUGAGCAGACGCGGCAACAUUGCCAUCGGCGAUUGGAGCGUACCGUCUGGACAAGUAAGAUGGAUACAGCGCUGAGUGUUGGACUGAAGGGUCUGGCGGAGGUGGAUGGAAAUGCUGAUGGCCAUGACGCUGCGAACUUAACACGAGAGUACGAAUUGCUCAAAUCGAAUGCCGACCGCGAAUUACUCAACACAUUACUGGAUCAAGAACGAGGUGGUGAUGCUGCCAUCGUGCAGGCGCUGAUCCAGGCGCACAUCGAGACGGUCACAAUCAUAAGCCAGAUCACCCAGAUGGACGAGGCCCAAGCGGUUGAGGCUGCGAGAAAGCUGCUUACGAAGAUUAUGAAUUCUUGCACGAACGCGACCUCGCAGGCUAUCCGACCAGACGGAGGUCUGCCAAUCACUGAGUUCUUCGAACCAAGCAACAAGGGAACACCUAAAAGGAGGAAGCCAGUGAACAUUCAAGAACCAUCUCAGUCCUCUCCCAUGCGACCAAUAGCAAUGCCAAGGCUGUCGUUGCCAGCUAUGGCGGAUUCGUCGCAUCUCACCUCGUCGCCUAUGAAGUCAUCACCACGCCGAAAGUUGAUGGGAAGAGUGAGACAGUCAGGCGUCCAGUUUUCGCCAAUGAAGAAGAAAAAGUCACCCUCCAAGACUAAACGCGGAGUGCGCUGGAAGGAUGACACUGAGAACGGUACCCUAGCAGAGUUCUCAGCAACACCACAGCAGGUAGCAGGCACACCAACAAACCCUGCCCUUGCCAUUGGAAGGUCGCCCCCGGCCUACUCGACGACCUCUAUCCCUAUCGCCAGAUAUGAUGGGAGUGGAAGCCGCGAAUCUUCGCCUAUCCCAACGCCGCCUAAAGCUUCCGUCGACUUGAAAGGCUCAUCACGUUUCGCAGUCGGCGCGCUUUCCAAGCGUUCAGACGGGUCCCCUACAUCUCGAAGCAACACCGCAUACACCUCCGAUUCCGACAACGCAUCGCCCCUCCGCGAGAUCGGCAGCAACCCGCGCUCAUCUCUAAGCAACGUAGAGAACGCCUCCUCAGUCCCAGCACCCGAGGGAAACAGCGGUGGUGACUCUUCUUCCGAGGGGGAAAAAUGGACGGCUUCAGACGCACGUCAAAUCAGCCAUGCCAUCAAGCGCCGUUCUUCGACCAACGGCGCUGGCUCAGUCCCUAUAAACCGCGCGCAUCGCCGCCGUAGUCCAACAGCAGCAACAACAGUUGGUAGUCCGCCCAACGAGAACUCACUUCUCUCCGCGGGUGCGGCGCGCAGAAUGGUCAAAUCCAAUCACGGUGAUGCUGACUGGAAGCACAGCGUUUUGUCCCCACGCGUUACACCCAUCAUGAAGGGCGCGCACCAGAAAGAGCUAUACAAGAUGAAGGAGGCACAAGUAGCAAAGGACCUCAAGGUCACCGUCAAGGACGUCGCUGUCCCUGAGCCACAGGCGAACCAAGUCAUCAUCAAAGUUGUUGUUUCCGGAAGUAAUCCCAAGGACUGGAAAAUCCCCGCCUAUGACAUGAAACCCGACUUCAACAGUGGCGACGAUAUCGCAGGCUACGUCCACAGUGUUGGCCCCAAUGUCUACGAGUUCAAGGCCGGCGACCGGGUCGCCUCCUUCCACGAGAUGAUGACGCCUGGUGGUUCCUUUGCCGAAUACGCCGUAGGAUGGGCGCACACUACCUUCCACAUCCCCUCCUCCGUCUCCUUUGAACAAGCCGCCACCCUCCCCCUCGCCGCCAUGACAGCGGCAAUCGGCCUGCACCAACGCAUGGGUCUGCCUGAUCCCUGGACACCCGCCAAGGAGCCCACUCCGCUCGUCGUGUACGGUGGCGCCGGCUCCGUAGGCGCAUUCGCAAUCAAGCUUGCUCAAAAGGCAAACAUCCAUCCCAUCAUCGCCGUCGCGGGUAAAGGCGAGAAGUUCGUAGAGGGCUUGAUUGACCGCUCAAAGGGCGACACGAUAGUAGAUUACCGCAAGGGUGACGAAGCCGUCGUCAUGGGCAUCAAGGAUGCCCUCAAGGGCCAGAAAUUGCACUACGCGUACGACGCCGUCUCGGAACACAACUCCUACACAAACCUUGUCCAGGUCCUCGAACCAGAGGGCCAACUUACUUUGGUCCUGCCGGGCAAGAAGUACGAGGGUAUUCCGGAGAGCGUGAAGAAGUCUGAGACUAUGGUGGGCACAGCGCACGGCGAGGACAGCGAUUAUGCGUUUAUCAUGUUUAGAUACAUGGCGAGGGGAUUGGCGGAAGGUUGGUUUACACCGCAUCCGCAUGAGGUUGUACCCGGUGGGUUGGAAGGUGUGCAGAAGGGGUUGGAGAAUUUGAGGGAUGGCAAGGCAAGUGGAGUCAAGUACGUGUUCAAGAUCGGACAGGAGUAA